AUGGCCACACACUCUGACAGAAUCCUUCUCUCAGCUUCCAGUGUCAGCACUCCCAAUGACGCUAACGGGCAUGUUGUUGAAAAGAUUAUCAAAUCCCUUCCAGCAGACUUCUACACAGAAUUUUUGUCCGAUACUGCCAAAGGACGGAAGCCCAGUCCUAUUCGUGGGCUGUUCCCAUUGGAAAACAAGCCAGGCGUGAUAUCAUUAUUAGCGGGAAAGCCCAAUGAUGCCAUGUUUCCCUUCAAAUCAUUAUCUUUCAACAUUGCCUCCCCCGUGGACCCAUCGCAGGACCAAUCAAUCUCGCUAUCUGGAAAGGAUCUUUCCGCUGGCCUGCAAUACGGCGCCACUGGCGGUCUUCCUCGUCUAGUGGAGUGGUUCGUGGGGUUGCAAGAGCGCUCUCAUGGCCGCACAUCAGGCGAGGGAUGGAGAUUAACCAUUGGGAGCGGUUCGCAAGACUUGAUUUAUAAGGCAAUCAACGCUUUAGUGAACCCCGGAGAGCCCGUCCUCGUGGAGUCACCAGUGUAUGCUGGUGUCAUUCCAAUGUUUCAAACUCUACACUGCGAGCAGAUCGAGGUGGAAACCGACGCAAAUGGGGUGUGUUCUCAUGAGUUGCGCAAUAUUUUGGAGAAUUGGCCUGUCGGAAAGCCGAAACCGAGGGUCUUCUAUACGGUUCCCUAUGGUUGCAACCCUACCGGUAUGACAGCCACCCUUCAACGUCGCAAGGAAGUAUUGCAACUUGCCCGCGAACAUAAUUUCUUGAUUCUCGAGGAUGAUCCCUACUUCUACCUGUAUUUUGGAAAAGCCGCUCGACCGCUUUCGUACUUCCAGCUGGAACUUGACGAGCCUGAGAUCGGUCGAGUUAUCCGCUUUGACAGUUUCUCCAAAAUCCUUUCCGCAGGCAUGCGCAUGGGCUUUGCCUCGGGGCCGAAGCCUAUUAUCGAUGUCAUAGACUUGCAUACUGCAACGGCCAACCUGCAAGGCUCGUCACUUAUUCAGGCCAUUACCCUCGCACUGGUUGAGGAAUGGGGCUACGACAAUUUCUUCGCCCAUACACGGACCGUUGCCGACUUCUACCGCAAGAAGCGUGAUGUGUUCGAGUCUGCCUUGAAUGCGCACCUCGGUGGACUUGCGGAAUGGUGCACCCCUGAAGCGGGCAUGUUCUUCUGGUUCAAGCUCCUUCUCUCACCAAAUCAGACAUCCGACGUAGAUGAGGGUGACUCAGAAGACCUCAUACAAACCAAGGCAUACGAGGGCGGCGUACUCGCCCUCCCUGGUACAGUCUUCCUUCCCAAUGGACGUAAGACGGCGUUUGUCAGGGCCUCAUUCUCUCUAUGUACUGAGUCGCAGGUGAAUGAAGCGCUGAAGCGCCUGAGAACAGUAUUAUUGAAGGAGAGAGGACAGGCGUAG